AAUCAAUCCAGGAACAUGGAUCCUCUUUUCAUAAUUGGGUAAAACAGAGGUGAGCAGCUGCUGACUGCUGAGUGCACUCACCGGAACUCGGCUGUGAACAGAUGCAUGGCAGGGGAAGGAGAGAGAAAGAGAAAAGUGGGUAAAGACCUCGACUUUGAUAAGCUACCCGGUAGAUACGACGAGGAGGGGGAAUCGGGGCCGAUUAACUGCUUCAGGCAUCUCUCUGAGGAAGAACUCAUUGAGAAGAUUACUAGGGAUGUAAAUUUCAAAAGUAUGUAUAGAUUGCCCGACGGCGGCGAGAAAUUGAGAGCUAACAUUAAGAGGAUGGAAGCGGAAUUGGCGCGCAGAAAGCUUGAAAAGGAUAACCUAAAAGGCAGGAAGUCGAUAAUAUCAGCCGAUGAGUCUAUUGACAAUGGUGGCACGGAUGACUUAUCACAUCCACGAGCUCCUGCUUCAGAAUUUGGUUUGAUUUUCUGCAGCAAGUUGGACACUGAAAGGGCAAACGACUGUCCCGGAGCAGAAUCUACGUUGGAGCAAUCUGAUCACAAAAAAAUCAGAGAGCGCAAACCAUUUUUAGCUCAGAUAACUCAAAAGCAAGAUUUAUCAUCAAUACAAACACCUUUUAAAUCUCCAAAUCAUCUCUCAGCAAACAUUAGUGACCAGCAGCAAACCAAUGGCGAGAAAAGAGGAAUCCAUGCUUCUAAUUCAUCAUCUCAUCCGUCUGACAAAAAUGUUUCUUGCGGUUCAACAAAAAAGGAAAGUAGCGCUCAUAGUCUACAUCUACAUAACACCAGAAGGAACACCCGGAGAAGUUUUGUUCUAGUAGAUGAAGAGAAGGAGGAACUUGAGGGCGAUGUAGUAGAUGAAACAGACCUAGUGGGUCUAAGCAGUAAAGACGCCCGCAUAUACUACCCAUCAAGGGAUGAUCCCGAAGCCAUUGAAAUCUGUUACCUGGACAUGGAAUGUCUGGCUCCUGAGUCUUAUUUAUCAUCACCUAUCAUGAACUUUUACAUUCGAUAUUUGCAGAAACCAACAUCCCCAACUUCAAGUACUAGAAGAAAAUACAAUUAUCACAUGUUCAAUACUUACUUCUAUGAGAAGUUGAAACAGGAUGUUCUGACAAAGACUGAUAGAGAAGAUUUAUUUAUGAAGUUCCGAAGAUGGUGGAAAGGUGUGAAUAUAUUCGAGAAAGCAUACAUCUUCCUCCCAAUUCAUGAAAAUCAUCAUUGGAGCUUGGUUAUUAUAUCCAUACCAAAUAAAGAAGACGGGUCGGGGCCAAUUAUACUGCAUUUGGAUUCUUUAAGACUUCAUUCCAGCAAGUCAAUUUUCAGUAAUGUGAAGAGCUUUCUAGUAGAAGAGUGGAAGUUUUUACAAAAAGAAGAAGUGCUGCCUGAACUCCCCAUCGCAGAGAAUAUCUGGAACAGGCUCUCUCGAAGAAUUGUAGAGAAAGUAAUUGAGGUGCCUCAACAACAAAACGAAUAUGACUGUGGCCUUUUUGUUCUUUUCUUUAUGGAACGUUUUAUUGGUGAAGCGCCUGAACGUCUGAAAAAGCAGGACUUGCAUAUGGUACUUGUUUCCAUUCCAAUUUCGGAAAGCAAUGGUUCAGACCUGCGGAAGCUUCUAGUCUGAGAAGGAGAAUUCACAGUUUACUAACGUUAGAGUUUAAGAAGGACCCAUGUAAAUCGGACUCAUUGAUGGAUGAAGUGAACAUAUGGUGAAUAUCAACACAGACUCUGACCUACAUUUUAGAGCCAUUGCGUUAGUGUUAACAACUUAACACUGUAUUUUAGGGAAUUUCGAUGUAUAUUGAUGCCCAACUACAAUGUAAAGAUCGGCAGUUGUCAGUUUUAAGAAUCCACUUCACUAUAAUGGAAAUGGAAAUGGAAAUGGAAA